AUGGUGAUCGAUGCUCUUCGGGCGGAUUUUCUGUUUUCAAACGAGUCCCAAAUGACUUUUGUCCACGGGCUCAUCAACGAUGGCUACGCGUUGGGAUACACUGCCUACUCCAACCCUCCUACUGUGACCCUGCCUCGUCUGAAGGGUAUAACCACCGGGUCAACGCCUAAUUUCAUUGAUGCGGUGCUCAAUAUUGCAGAGGAAGACACCUCCUCCAGCCUGGGGGACCAGGACUCGUGGGUGAAGCAGAUGCAUGCGUCAGGGUGGAAAAUCAACAUGUUUGGAGACGACACCUGGUUGAAGCUGUUUCCCUCGUAUUUUGCAAAGACAGACGGCACGGCCAGUUUUUACGUGAGCGAUUUCACCAUUGUGGACAACAACGUUACACGGCAUCUGGAUUACGAGCUGAGCAAAGAAGGUCAGAAAGACUGGGACUGUCUGAUCCUUCAUUAUUUGGGCUUGGACCACAUUGGUCACAAGGGAGGACCUACUAGCGCGAGCAUGCCUGCAAAGCAGCGCGAGAUGGACUCCGUCAUUCGCAGAAUAUUCAAAAGCACCGUUGAGAAAGACGAGAACACUCUCUUUGUGGUGAUGGGCGACCAUGGAAUGAAUGAGGUUGGAAACCACGGGGGCUCCUCGAUUGGCGAAGUUUCUGCUGGUCUAUUGCUGGUUUCGUCGAAAUUCAAAAAGCUCCAGUCAGGACAGAAGGCGCCUGUUCGGAGAAAUGCGGAUUUUGAUUACUUUGACCACAUUGACCAGAUAGACCUGGUGCCCACUCUUUCCACCCUGCUUGGUCUCAGAAUCCCAAUUAAUAAUUUGGGUACGUUUAUCCAAAGCUUGCUCCCGCUUUAUUCGGCUAAAGAUAAGACGAACGUCCUAAUUAAGAACGCAUUACAACUCAAAGUCCUCACUGACAAAUCCAGAAACGAGGUCACGUCUCUAGACUCUGAGAUUGAUGUCUCGUCUCUCUCCACCCUCCUAGACUUUCUUCAUGACGCCAAAGGUGAACUGCUGAAAACAUCAUCGGACUACAAUUACACGGAUAUAUUCUACGGAGUGGCUGGCUAUGCAUUCACUGCACUUCUUAGCUUGGCGCUUUUUUUCACCCAUCAUCGAGACCGCCUUUGGGAGGCCUCCGUGGAUCUAUUGUUCUUUAUUCUGUAUGCCGUCAACUUCUUCGGCUCGUCAAUGAUUGAAGAGGAACAUCACCUUUGGUGGUUUUUCACCACGCUGUUUGCUGCAUCGAUAACCGUGAAAUCCAAAUCAUCUUACUGCACAGCGCUGCUGGUUUGCCUUCGACUCCUCAAAGCCUGGAACAACAGUGGGCAGAAAAACAACAUCAAAAGCAACAUGAAGAUCGCGACGUAUGUUGCAUCGCUUUCGCCAGACAUCGGUCCUGUCGUGGUUGCGUUCUUGGUCUCAUCAACUCUCGCAACAUACUGUUUCUACGUCACAGAGGGAGUUGCCGUCAAAGGAAAGGGUGAUGGAACGAUUGUGAGAUUUGUCACAUUUAUCAGCACGUCGCUUCUUUGUUUCAUCACCUUCUCGACCAAGUUUUUGUCUUACUUAUCCGAGACCUAUGACUUGAGGUCUGGAUUGAAGGAAAUUCCUGACUGGUGUUCCAACUACAUUCAGUGGAUAGGCCAGCGUCUGGGAACGACAGACAUUAACACAAUAAAUCAACAGCUUUUUAGUCUGUUCUACAAAGUCUGGCUCGUCGCAAUCGCAUUGCAUCUUCUGAAACCUCUAUUUUACAAAAUAUGGAAACUCCCAGACCCGACGAACAAUUACACACGGUCCAUAUUAACUACCUUCAGCCAGCUGCUGAUCAGCCAAACGAACUUCAACAACGUCCCCAUAUUUUUUCUCCUGCUGGUGAUCCUCGUGUCAUUCAAAAAACUCGUCCCGCUGUCAAACCUCAAUGCUAUUUCACUCUUCACCAUCCUAAUGCAAAACCUCAGCUUUUUCCAGUUUGGAUUCACAAACUCGCUCUCCUCUGUCGACCUCACAAACUCUUUCAACGGACUGUCCAGCUACAAUAUGAUUCUCUCCGGACUGCUCACAUUUGUUUGCAACUGGGCUGCCCCUAUAUUCUGGUCCCUGGCCUAUUUGCAUCUCACCCUAAAGCCAGAUGGCCGUAACUGGGAUAGACUGUACCACCGGCUUCUGGUCACGCUGACGUUCUACUCCGUCAGCGGAUUGCUGCUGAUCCUAAGCUGCUACAACCUCAGGUUUCAUCUCUUUAUCUGGACAGUGUUCAGCCCUAAGAUCCUGUACUUCCUCGCAUGGAUAAUGUGUGGCCUACUAGUAGACUUCGGUCUAUCAUGUAUUGUUACAGCCCUGUAUAUAAAAUAG